AUGACAGACAACUCCCAGAGAGAAUUCCAACAGGUGGUCCGCCGCUACAGUCGUGAAAAGAAGGAAUUGCAGGCUCACAUCCAAACCCUUAAGAACUCCAUCACAAAGAAUGACAGUGAUAGGAGAAAACAGUUGCUUCUCCAUAUUGCCCGCCUUGAGGCCAAAAUGGAGCAGAGACACCAACGAGAGUUGGAGGGAUUCGAAGAUGAGCUCAACCCCAGCCUGGAAUCCAUUACAACCAACCUCAUGAAAAUGAACCUCGAGAACCUGUCUCCUCCUCGCUCGGUCAAGGCCAUGAAAAGACGUGAAAGAAGAGCUGCAUUAGCUACAUAUGGCCGUGAGGAAGAAGACAAGAUCUCUGCCAUUCUGGGACCCAAAAAACUGGAGAUGAAGGCUAUCCCCGCCGACGGCCACUGCAUGUACCGUGCCAUCCAGGAUCAGCUGGUGUACUCGGUGACAGUGCAGAGCCUGCGCUGCCAUACGGCCCAAUACAUGCGCGAACACAUCGACGACUUCCUGCCAUUCUUCGUCGAACCUGAGGCCGGUAACUUCACCCACGAGGACUUCCUGAGGUACUGUGAUGACAUCGUGCACAGGGCCUCGUGGGGAGGCCAGCUGGAAUUGAGAGCUUUGUCGCACGUCCUUGAGACUCCCAUCGAAGUGGUGCAGGCCAACUUGACCAUCAUCAUCAUCUGAGAGGAGUACAAGAAGAAGCUGCUCAUCCUCGUCUACCUGCACUAUGCCUGUAAAUUCGGGAAGCACUACAACUCCGUCAAGCCCAUUGAAGCCUCCGGUGCUGUAGGAGGCAAGGCACCUCGCCUCUUCUAG